GAACGAAGUUGCUCGGCGAAGAGAGCCGUCGCUGUUGAGAGAACUAUUCAGCAUGCAGGUGGAAGCCCCAGACGACGCUGUGUUCCUUAUGGCAGGAAUGCCGAGCCCAGAUACAUUUCCACUUGUGGAGGGCUCCCUCACCCUGAGAGACGGACGCACACUCACUCUCACACCCAAAAAGAUGGUGGAGUGCCUUCAGUACGGCCCCACUCCUGGGCACCCCCCCUUACUGAAGCAGCUGAAGGACUUGACAGAGCGCCUUCAUGAACCUCCAGCAUGGCAAGACAGUGAAGUGGUGGUAACGACCGGAAGCCAAAGUGGCCUCCUCAUGGCCAUGGAAAUGAUGAUGAGCCCAAACGAUUAUGUAAUCAUUGAGGAACCUUGCUACACUGGAGUUAUUUCUAUUCUGGCGCCAUAUUCGCCUCGUUACUUACCUGUGGCAACAGACAGUGAGGGCAUGAUACCCGGUUCCCUUGCAGCAGCCCUUUCGAGGUGGCGACCCGAAGACGCACAGAAUGCGCAUUCAGACAUCCCCAAGUUCAUCUACACAAUCCCUACGGCAUGUAACCCCACCGGUGCCGUUACAAGCGAGAAACGCCGACGGGAAAUCUACAAAAUCGCUUGUGAGUACAACCUGCUCAUCCUCGAAGACGACCCUUACUAUUUCCUUCAGUUUAUGGACGAGGAGAAUUUUCCACCGAGCUACCUGAGGCUGGAUACAGAGGGUCGAGUUCUGAGAUUUGACUCCUUCUCGAAGAUUCUCGCGGCUGGGCUGCGGGUAGGCUGGGUCACCGGGCCACAGCCUCUCAUUCGGAAGAUCUGCCUACACAAAGGAGCUUCUGUAAUCAGCAGUGCCUCUAUGUCCCAGGUAGUAGUCAGUGAGUUGCUGGAUAUGUGGGGAGAGGAAGGUCUGAAGAGCCACGUGCGAGAGGUUCGUCUUUUCUACCAUAAGCAGAGAGACGCUAUGCUGAUGGCAGCCGAAAAACACCUAACUGGUUUGUGCGAGUGGUCGGCGCCUGCUGGAGGAAUGUUUCUUUGGAUAAAGGUGGGAUGCAUUAGCGAUACGUGGAGCAUGGUGCUGGAGCGAGCUAUGAAAAAAAAGGUGAUGGUGGUGCCAGGCCAGGGGUUCAUGACAGACAGUACUAAAGCCUCUCAGUACCUUAGGCUUUCCUUCUCUGCCAACACUCCAUUGAACAUGGAAAAGGGGUUGUGUAGUUUAGCUCAGCUCAUCAGAGAAGAAAUUGAAUUGCAGAAUACUCAUCAGUUCUUACAGAAAAGGGGCUGAUUAAUCAGUUCUGUCGAAAUAUAUUUCUUUCAAAAUUAUGUCGUGCUGUAUCCGUUCUGUUCAUGCAUACAUACAUUA